ACUUCGAGUUGGGCCGCUUCUCCUCUCCUCGUGAAGCACGUGCAGCUCGAGUGCCCCUACGCUGGUCGUUAGAUUAUUAGAUAAAAAAUCGCGCAAAGGAAAAGGGUGUGGCCGAGCCCCCUUUUAGCUCUCACACUCUCCCGAUCCCGAUCCCUUUGGUUUCUAGGGUUUCGUUGUACCGCCCCCUCUUCGAUUCCGUCCACCAAAUCUUUUCGCUGGGGUUUCGAUCGGAAGGCAGAGGGCAUCGGCUUGAGGGCGGAUUUCGAUCUUCUUUUGAGCAAGGAAACUGCUCUUGCUUUCAUUUGCGUGACCAGUUUACAUUAUUAAACAAUACUAUAGAGCAAGGCAAGUCAGCAUUUUCAGUCUAAUAUAAUUGGUGAACAAAAUCCAUAUGGCUGGGGCUGGCAUAUUACCAGGAGACUCUUCACAACAUGGAAUGGUGGAAAGUAGUCCUUAUAGGUUAUCUCAUGACAGGCAUGAGGAAGAUAACUAUACUGGUUCCACUUGGUAUUUUAGUCGGAAGGAAAUUGAAGAAAACUCGCCAUCUAGGAGAGAUGGCAUUGAUCUGAAGAAAGAGACGUAUCUUCGCAAGUCUUACUGCACAUUUCUGCAGGAUUUGGGCAUGAGACUCAAAGUACCUCAAGUAACAAUAGCCACUGCAAUUGUAUUUUGUCAUCGUUUUUUCCUUCGCCAGUCUCAUGCAAAAAAUGAUAGGAGGACCAUUGCUACUGUUUGCAUGUUUUUGGCUGGAAAAGUUGAAGAAACCCCUCGGCCUUUAAAGGAUGUUAUUCUUGUUUCUUAUGAAAUUAUCCAUAAAAAGGAUCCUGCUGCUGUUCAAAGAAUCAAACAGAGGGAAGUCUAUGAGCAACAGAAAGAACUUAUUUUAAUCGGAGAGCGGCUGGUACUUGCAACUCUUGGUUUUGAUCUGAAUGUGCAUCAUCCAUAUAAACCCCUGGUUGAAGCAAUAAAGAAGUUUAAGGUUGCUCAAAAUGCCCUUGCACAAGUUGCUUGGAAUUUUGUCAAUGAUGGGCUGCGUACUUCGCUCUGCCUGCAAUUUAAGCCCCACCAUAUUGCAGCUGGUGCCAUCUUCUUGGCUGCUAAGUUUCUGAAAGUGAAGCUUCCGUCUGAUGGUGAGAAGGUUUGGUGGCAGGAAUUUGAUGUUACCCCACGACAGUUGGAAGAGGUUAGCAAUCAAAUGCUGGAAUUGUAUGAACAAAACCGCGUGACGCAGCCACCAUCCCAUGGGAGUGAAGCUGAAGGGAGCUCUGCCAGUGGGGUCAAUCACCAGACUCCAGCGAAAGCUCCAGCUUCUAUGGAGGAGUCCCCUUCACAAAGUGGUUGCUGUCAAACACCAAACACUGCUGGGAUGCAGAGUGCUGCCCCAACAAGCUCAUUGGCUCGCCCUGUGCCUGAUCAGUUGUACCCUGAUAGGCAAAAUGGGGCCCAAAGGGUUUUGCAAAAUGAUAUCAAAGACCAUCGGAACAACAAGCAAAGAAGUGGCCUUCAUGACCAUAAAAUGGAACCUGGACUGGUGGAUCAUCGGUAUCAUGAAUCAGGGAAUAUGGCAGAAGCUGGAAACAGCAGGGCCAAUUAUGGGUCUGAGCGUCCAGUAGAAGAAUCCAUGUUGCCUGUCACCGGCAGUGAAGGUCCCAAAGGUUACUCUCAAAUGGAUGCUAUAAACAAGAUAGACAAAGACAAGGUGAAAGCCGCUUUGGAGAAACGGAGAAAGUCUCGUGGUGAUGUUGCUAGGAAAGUGGAUCUGACGGAUGAAGACGACCUCAUUGAGAGGGAGCUGGAACAUGGUGUUGAAUUGGCAGCUGAAGAUGAGAAGAUGAAGCAGGAGAGAAGGCAUGGCUGGGUAAAACCUUCCUACAGACAGGAGCCUCCGAAUCUGGAUCAUAUAACUGAGAAUGGAUUCCAUGGAGCUGAUAAGGCAAAGGGGAAUGCAGAAGAAGGGGAGCUGUCACUGGAUAGUCAGGAGCUCCAUUCUCCAGAGCCUAGGAGCCAGAAGAGGAAAGCAGCUAGCCCACAUUAUCAUGGGUCCUCUGCAAAGCACCGAGUUACUAUCGAUGAUUCGUGUGUGGUGGGAAGAUUUGAACGUGUUGAGAGAGAUCAUAAAAGGCUAAGGCAGGAAAAUCAGGUCUGAUGUUUGUAUAAUUGUGGAAGGGAAGGGAUCCAACUCGCAAGGUUCUCACUGAAUAGGAGAAGAUGCUGGGCUGUUACAAUUUUUGCCUGUAUUGUGAUUUGUCUCAGGAUGCUGGAAUAUAAUUUCAUUGUCCAUGAAUAUGCUUGUGCAGAUUGGACCGGCCGGAGAAAUUAUGAAAUUUGUACAGAAGUCUUAGAAACUCGCCUGUGCAAAUUUUGAUAAAUUUUAUUUAUGGUCGUAGAGAUGUGCCUUUCUUCUUUGCUGUCGAUGGGAACCCAUGAAGAGCAAAAGUUGUAAUAAGUAAACAUCCAAUUUGGUAAAUCUUUAGUGAUGUAUUUCUAUAUAUUUAUGAAAAAUUAAAUGCCAUAUGGUCCAAAUUUCAUUUCAUGUUAA